AUGCUAACUGUGCUGGAUAAGCUAGGCCAAUCUGUGCCACUGGAUGUGGACACUUCGAUUGAAUUGGAAAAUGUAAAGGCCAUUCUUGAGGCAGAAUUUGCUAUAGCGCCUGAGAAUCAGCAGAUCUUGUUCCUGGGACGCGUGUUGCCGGACGAUAAACGAACACUCGCGUCGUACGGCAUCAAGGACGGCGAUCUGCUGGUCAUCCAUGACACUCGAGCUAUGAUUACGCAAAACCCAGAGAUGAGCAACCUCGAAGAACUCAUGCGCCAGCAAAUCCUACAGUCACCAUCAAUGCAACAGAAUCUUCGACAGCACAACCCUGUCCUACUGGACGCGGCGCUACGUUCCCCUCAGGAAUUUAAACAGGUUAUAACACAACAGCGCGCAAAAGUACAAGAGAUGCAAGCAGCCCAGGAAGAGCUGCUAAAUGCAGACCCAUUCGACGUGGAAGCACAAAAGAAAAUCGAGGAAAGCAUUCGUCAAGAUCGGGUUACAGAAAAUCUCGAGCAUGCCAUCGAGUAUAGUCCGGAAAGUUUUGGGAACGUAUCAAUGUUAUACGUGAACCUAAAGGUAAAUGGUCACCCAGUCAAGGCCUUUGUCGAUAGUGGCGCACAAGCGACCAUCAUCAGCCCCGAUUGCGCCACACGCUGUGGCAUCAUGCGCCUCUUGGACACUCGCUUUGCUGGUGUCGCACUUGGUGUCGGCACAGCCAAGAUUUUGGGUCGUAUUCACAGCACGCAAAUCCAACUCGGCUCUGACUUGUUCUUACCUUGCUCGUUCACCGUAUUGGAAGGACGAAGUGUCGAUAUGCUUUUUGGUCUAGAUAUGCUGAAGAGGUAUCAAGCUAGCAUCGACUUGAAGAAGAAUGCGCUCAUUAUUCAAGAUCGAGAGAUCCCAUUUCUCCCUGAGCACGAAAUCCCCAAGAACGAACACAAUUUACCUCUUCUUGGCGACGCGGAGCCAAAGGAAACUGACGGUGCUGAAUUUCAAUCUCGAGUCGCAAACGAAAAAUCCUCCACUGAUUCUACAAGCAGGUCAUCUCAGCAGGGUGGGCCGACUCGUGAUAACACGAAAAUUUGGGACAAGGAAAAAAUUAAAGAAUUGGUAAAUUUGGGUAUUCCAAAAAAUGAAGCGGAUGAAUUACUGAAUGCUGCUAACGGAAAUAUAGAAAUAGCAGCCAGUAUAUAUUUCUCUAAAUAA